UAUUCUUCUAUAUGGAACAACAAAUUUCUCAAUUGGAACAAAACAUUCAUUCUUUAUUAAAAGAUCCUUUAUUAUCUGAUGUAACAACUUCUUUACCAACUGAACAGGAAUUAGAUGACUUGAUUGCUUUAGAACUUGAUCACGCUUACAAUAUUGAAAUCCACCGUGGACCUUUGACACCUAUUAAUAUCAUUGUUAGACAAGCAACUACAGUACGCGAUAUCAAGAUACUUUUUCAACAAAAGUGGAAACAAUUAGAAGAAAAUAAACGAAGAUCUGUUAGCUGGAAAUAUAUUUGGCGAACCUUUUGUCUUGAAUUGAAUAAUCAAAAAUUACUUAAGGAUGAAGCCAUAGUUAGUCAGCUUGGUAUACAACAAGGAUCUAUUCUCAAAUUUGCAAGAUUGCCUUAUGAUCGAAAUAAGCAUCAAAAAGCCUGGCGUUGGUCUCGUUGAAUGGAUGAUUUAUUAUUUUACCUAGGAUUAUUUCUGGUGAUGAUGGUAAUGAUCGAGAAAUGGAAGUAUUUGUCAUAUAUUUUCGAAACUCACUUUGGAUUUGUCACCCUAGAGUCUUCUUCGGCGGAAUUCAAAAUCGGUUCCUUUUCCAGUGUUUGCUGGCAUUUUCUAUAAGGUUGGUAAGAUUCUAUUUUUGAACCAUGCAAAAAAUGAAAAUGUAUAAAAAUCGACGUAUUCAUCUUUUUUUUUUAUUCUUCUUCUUUCUUU